GUGAGAUUGUCUGUUGUCCAGCUCUCGGAGGACUGCUGGAGGAUCGGAAACAUGCAGAUUCUCAGGCAUGUUGUCCAUGAUGCAUUGGCCGAAGACUGUUCGGCCAGCUGGCAGGAUGAUCGCGGUAGACAGUUUGUUCUCCAGCAGGUGCAAGAGGACGAAACCCAACAACCGCAUACAUCCGUGUAUCUCGAACCUUUUCACUCUCUGGAUGAUUCUGCUGCAGUCUGGAGUGUUGCUGGGACCUUCUGCAAGGUGAAAAAAGGAUUCUUGUGCGAAGACAAGGCCAUGUGUCUCGUCAAAAAUCGUUUCCCACAUGUUCCAGUACCAGAUGUCAUCUUCUCCUGGACUGAAGGCAACACCUACUUUCUCAUGACCACGUCAGCCGUUGGUGACCCUCUCCAAACGAGCUGGGCCCUUCUCACAUCUAAGCAACGUGUUGCCAUUGCUAAAGAAGUCGCGGACUACUGCCAGGACCUCUUUAGUGCUACCUCACCAAACCUUUGCAACGUCUCCGGUACUGGCCUUUCAGAUGCUUUCCUUCAGCUUCAGAUCCCACCCGAGCAGCGGACACCACAACUCGAGCCUUUGUCGUUGCAACAGGCAACGCAUUAUUUCUCGCCUCUGGAGUUCGAGGGCCCUUUCUUGUUCAUGCAUGGAGACCUUGCACCAACAAACAUUAUUAUACAGGAUGGAAAAGUCACAGGAAUUAUAGAUUGGGAACUUGCUGGAUACUAUCCUGCUUUCUGGAUCAGAUUCAAGGCGCGUACUCAUGGGAUGAUGCUGAGUUCGGACAAGGAAAUGGAUGAGUGGGAGUGGACAAAGCUCUUGGACGGGGAGCUUGCUGAGAAAGAUAUUACUCUAGAUCAAGAAAAAUUAGAUCGCUGGAUGCAAGGGAAGACCAAGGCUACUGGGUAG